ACCGAUGACCGUUUCAAACGAGAGGGCACGAAGGCGCGACAAAGGCCGGGGAAAUGGCAGGCAGGAGAGACAAUGAAUGAGUCAGAUUAUGAAAGAGGCGUAGGAGAAGCGCGGAGUCAACGCGGAGGGCGAGGACGAAGCUGAGCGAACGUCUCAGCGGGAGUCGCCUUAUGUCGCUCGCAUGUGUCACGUCGCGCUAAUCGAAUUCUAACGAGACGACAGUCUAGUCGCUCAGGACGAGAUAUCGGAUCGAUCGGUCAUUUGCACACAUUCGUCUCUGUCGACUUUUCUCUUCUUUCGUCUUUUAAUCCGUGGCAGACACACGUUAUUACACAAUUCUCUUCGAUUCGCGAUCGUCGAUUAACCCGGGUCUCGAGCAAUCAGCUCGAAAUUCUCUAGCAGGUACCGUGUCAUUCUUUUCCUUUUUCCGUAAGUUUCCUUAGGAUUUAAUUCCGCUUCAUAGAAAAACUUCUAAUUUCGACAUAUCUAAUUAAAAGUUUGACAUUUAAAGAUUAAACCUUGAUGUUCUCCUUCCGAAGCUAUAAAGACAGAUUCGGAGGGGCGGUGCCGGAAAGUUCGCGAAUGCAGACAAGUAAUUUAAGAAAGACAAAUGCUCAAGUUAAUAAAAUUCCGCAGGCGAACCUCGACAACGCGUCAUCGGCGAAGACGCUCGAGGAAUUGCUCGCUCGAGUAGACGGCAAUAACCCGAUCGAAGUAACUUUGAUGACGCUGUGUCUUGAUUAUGUCGGGUAUUUAGCACGGUAUAAAGUAGAUUAUAUGUAUCUUUCGCGCAUUUCUAAACGCGCAAAUGUCUCGCAAAUUAUUCUCUCUUCUCGCGAUCCGUAGAACCGUACUAGAAUAUUCAUCAAUAUCUCCGUAAAGUAAAAAUUCGAUGGUGAAUUUGCAGAAAGAACAUAGCAAAAAGUAAGCAAAAUUAUUUUUCUUAUCGUUGAAAAUACGUAUAUAUGAGAUGCUGUAGUCUGUAAGAGUGAACAGCAUUUAAACGUUUGAUAAAGCAUUAUCUGCAGCGAGCGUAUCUCACGGUACAUCCUGUAAGGAUGUGGCUAUCGUUACUCAAUAUUGAAAAGAAUGCCGUCAACCAUCAAUAUCAAGCAAACAAACUAUGUGUAUAUAUAUGUAUAUAUAUGAUUACUACGAUAUUCUAGAAAAAGGAGCUAGCGGAGAAACGAUGAAUAAAUUGAUCGUGCUCGCAUUGCCGUUCGUACCAUAGACUCUUGGAAUUCGAUGAAAAAUUUCAAACUUGUUCAAGUUGCCGCAAUUUUUGCUCAGAAGUAACGGCUGUCACGAUACACCAGCGAUAUGGAAAUCGAUGCGAACAUUAGCGACGUAUUACGCGAAGUGAUAGCAUUUUUGGAAUGCCUUCGCGACGCGCAACUUCCACUUACGCUGGAGAAUCUGCGAGAAAAGCUGCUGGCGCGCUCGAGGGAGACUCUAAGCGUUACAACGAUGACUCGAGGAUCCCCGGAACCUUAUCUCGAUAUGAACUCCGGUCCGAAAAGCCUGUUGUUAAGAAAGAACGAAGCCGAUUCAGAGGAAUACGUAGGAAUGGAAGAAUCUAAGAAGCAGAAUCAUCAAGAUUACUACGAAACCUUCCAAAAUGAAGAACAAAUUGUCACUCAGGACGAGUGUCCCGAGCAAAACGAUGACGAAACGGACGAAGGUCAAACGUUAAUUAGGAUCUAUAAGAACCUAUCGGCGGCGCAGAUCAAAAGUAAAUGUCACAAGUGCGGUCCGCUCUACAAGAAGGAAGAGAAGAAGCUGUUCCUAUCGGAGAGCCGCGCCUGCUGGAUCGCGCUCGUCGGAUCGCAUUUGCUCAUCUACCGGAGCGAACGGCACAACCGACCGUACGCGAUCUAUCCUAUUCGCGGAUACAUGGCCCGACCGGCGCCGAAUUUAAUACCCCGCGAUAGGCAAAAGAGCGAAUCCGCUUUCGAGAUGUACCGCCCAGGAAACGAGACGUUACGUUUCAUCGCAAGAACGCCGAAGGACAUGGACCAGUGGAUAACAAAAAUCUGCGAGGUGGGUUGCGCGAAGAACGCGAAGAACAAAGCGGAAACCCGCAGAAAACGACGAACCUUCGUCACCGAAUCCCUGAUAAGUCCCGACGAGAUCACGAUCCGGUAUCGAGACGCAGGAGAGUCGAUCAUAGUUGACAGGCCAACGGCUAAAGGCGAAUCGGCGUGUAAUAAAGACGAAGAGAUCGAGCAAAUAAGGGAUAGGAUCGGAAGUCCGCCUCCGUUACCUGCCCGGAUACCGCGGAGGUUACCCUCUUUACCUCCCGACGACGAUACGAUACCUUCCUACAGAGCGGCCGUCGAAGAUGACGAUGACGACGAUGACAUAUACCACAAGAUCGAAGAUUUGAGAAAUGGGACGCGUUAUCAGAAUAUGAUACUGUCGAGGAAACAACGGGCCGAUGAGAAGCACGAAGUUGUUGCGUACGACGAUGUUCGCGCGCCCGACAAAAGUAAUAAUGAAGGAGAAAUGCGGAAGGAAAGGUCUUGCGACGCGAUACUAUCUGAGGAGACGUACGACGAUAUCGUCGUCCUUUCGCGAAUCAACGCUAUUAACGCGAACAGCGAACGACAGAAUCACGAUCGUCCUAUCGUCGACGGUGAAAAAGAAUGCGAAGACCUUUACGACGACGUGGAAAAUUUGGUUUCAAACGAGAAAUUCGCCAAAGAUCGUACAAAGGAUCAAACUGAAAUAUCGAGCAAAUCGCCGCAGAAGAAAUCCUUUCUGAAUAGAGUUUUAAGUAGAAAGGAAUCGCCCGGCAAAUCGGACAAGAAAUAUAAAGGGAAAGCUUCAUCGAGUCCACCACCGUCCUUGACCAAGGAAGAAAUGUCUACUUACGACGAUGCGUCCGAUCUAACGCCGAAUCGCGAAUCUUCAGCGGACGAAGGGGAAGAAUUGUCGGAAUACAACUGUCCUCCCCCACCUAGGCCAGUUUAUACGAAAUCGACAACCCUAAACGGUCUCGAUCAAACCAAAGAAUUUUACGAUGAUGUCAGCGUCUAUAAAAAUCAGCAAACGAGCCUACGGUCGAUGCAGGAGUCGGGUGUGAAAACUACGGUAAGGAAGGAGAUUACGGGUAACGCUAACAUGGGACUGGAGGCGAACAACGAUCCUUUCCGGGAAGACAUCGAGCAUUACCAGUCACCGAGGAGCGAUCUAUGCAUUCACGAUACCGCGGAUCAGCGAAACGAAAUAUUGUACGAUGAUAUAGCGCUAUGGGUGGAUUUCACGGCGCGACAAAGAGACAUUAGCGGGAAAAGGGACGCGAACGAGGACGCGACGAAAUCGACCAUCAACUCCGAUAAAAGAUCGUGGAAUCGGUUUACUGUCAACAGAAAGUCGCGAGCAAGCGAUUCCGUCGAGACAAAUAGACGAAGCGGCGCGAACGAGUGCGAGGAGAUCGAGGAUUCCUCCGAAGGAAAUGGCGCGGCCAAGAGGAAUACCUUUCAGAAAUUGAUUAGCAGGAUGGAAAACUCUUUAGCCAAAGUAUCCGCGAGAGGAAAUCCGUCCUCCCUACCGACGGGCAAAUCGAGUACAGUAAGCAAUAAUUCGUAAAAGUAUUAUCAGAAUCUAUGAGUAUGUAAAUUUAGAGAGCCUACUGCAGUUUUUCCGGCUAUAUACGUAAAGAUGUAUAGAUAUACAUGUAUAGAUAUAUAUUCAUUAAAUAAUUUUAAUAAUAUUUAAUUAUUUCCCUGUACAUGCAUCCUACACGCUUAUCUUUGGCUAUGCAUAACGGAAUCGAAACAGGUUUGAUCAAGAAAUUUAGAUCAUAGCUGGUGUAAAAUCGAGCGUGAUUCAAAAAAGGAAGCAAAAAAAUUAGAAUAUUAUUAACAAGAGCGCGACAAAAUGCACAUUUCUCUCUUUUUUAAGAGCGCAACAAUUAAAAAUAAUAACAAAAUAAAAUAAAAGAGGAUACAAUAGAGAGAGAAAGUAUCUCAAAAAGCGACAUAGGUCUCUUGAACCGCGAUAUAUUCUAAUUUGAUAGCAAUUAAUAA